UCUCCUAUGCUCCUACAGUUACCUACUUCGCCUUUUCGUCCUCGUCGUCUAAUUUCCGCUUUUUAGAAUUUGUGGUGGUUUUUCAGGCGAGGCAGGUAUGACUGCCUUAGUAGCGGCAGAGCUACAUUUAGUGCUUGUGCCCUGAGAAUCACAGUCGUCUUGAGUGGAAGAACGAGUCUGGUCUGCACCCCACCCUCUACCAAUGCCUCUCCUGGCUGCCUUUACACCUCUGAAAGUACCCUUUACACCGCCUCUAAACGGACCAGCAGAGACAGACGCUGAGCCAAUCGGCGUUGGUGCGGUCGGAAUGGAUGUAUUUGUCCCAUCAGCAAAUCCAAAUAGCUCGAUCUCGUCUGACGUGGUGAGCUGUGUCGGUUCUGCGAGACCAGGGGUGGAGUCUCCAGGUUUUGGCUUCAAAGAAGGAAGUACAUGUCUACGUAGGGGCGGGAUGGUGAUAGUUAGACGUGGAAGCCUGGCCUGCUCAUCAAAAGGAACAGGCUGUGUACUAGAAUUGUUACAAGGGAGCCAUGGAGGACUUGCUGCGGAGUGCAGAGUCGACGAAGUGCCAAUAGGAGAAUCGGUAUUGGCAUGAUCGAGAGAUGAUUCUUCAGUUUCGCUAGUACAAGCGGUAAAAGCGUUGAUUGCAGUAUCACAGUUGGAAUCUUGACCGCUUUUCAAAAUAGACGAACGCUUUGCAACCGUUAUCGAUGUCAAUUUAGCGGCAGGCGUUACACUCCUACGAGAAGUAUCGAUAGAACCGCUCGCUGAAACGAAUGGAGGGCCUACACUACUUCCCCGUGCAGAGGAACGCUGAGGAGAAAGAGAUGUCUUAUCAGGUGCUCUCGGAGGACAUGUCCUGCCGCACGUUGGGCACCGCAUCCCAGUAGAAACAUCAGACGUAGUCAAACUUAUAUCUUUGCCGCCAGCUACUCGUCCAUAAUUAGACGUAUGGUAAACAACUGUUUUAGCACGAACAGCAUUUUGAGGUCCAGAUGAUACUGAUGGUGCAAAGAAAGGCACAGAUGAGCUAGAAACGCAUUUCACAGAUUG